GGGCCCCACGGUUGGAUCCGUGGCAGUUGUUCGACGGGCCCCGUUGGUGCGACACGCUUGUCGUCUCCUCGGGUUAUAAGUGCGUGCGUCAGUUAGUUUGUUUGAUUUGUUUUUGUUUUUUUCUCCUCCCAACUUCAUCGACACUCUUCGACCGAUGUAACAACGACGUAAAGAAGAUAACCGCGUUUGUGUCUUUUGCUGGAAUACAUAGAGAAAAAUAUCUUGGCGCGUCUCCUCUGAGCUGAUAUAAAAACGACCGAAAAUGGCGGUCUUCAGCAUGGUCUCGGCGGUAGCCGGGUUCGUCAAGGUUCGAUACUUGAUCGACAAAGCUAUAAUCGACAAUAUGGUGUUUCGGGCCCACUAUCGAGUCACCUCUGCAAUUCUGUUCGUCUGUUGCAUCAUCGUCACGGCGAACAGUUUGAUCGGCGAUCCGAUAAAUUGUAUAUCGGACCCGUCGGUUCCGUCACACCUAGUGAACAACUACUGCUGGGUGAUGGUCACCUACACUAUUCCUGAGAGCAGCUUGAAGCCUGUACACCCGGACACAGCGCAUCCUGGUGUCGGUCCAAACACGGGCGAUAAAAAGUAUCAUUCAUACUACCAGUGGGUCCCUUUCAUGCUAUUUUUCCAAGGAGUAUUAUUCUACGUUCCACAUUGGAUGUGGAAACAGUGGGAAGAGGGCAAGGUCAAAAAUAUAUCCGAGGGAAUCCGUGGCGCGUUGGUGGAAAACAAGGACGAACGAUUAGUCAGGACCAAUCGGCUGGUACAAUACUUGUACGAAACUCUACAUCUGCACAACAGUUAUGCAGCCGGAUAUUUCUUCUGCGAGGCGCUUAAUUUUGUCAACGUGGUUGGGAACAUAUUUUUCAUCGACACAUUUCUGGGCGGUGCGUUUUUGACUUUCGGAACGGAAGUGAUUUCGUUCAGUAACUUGGAUCAGGAGAAACGAAGGGAUCCGAUGAUAGAGGUAUUCCCGCGCGUGACAAAGUGCGAUUUCCACAAAUUUGGUCCGUCCGGAAGCCUUCAGAAAUUGGAUUACCUCUGCGUGUUGGCCCUGAACAUUCUUAAUGAAAAGAUAUACAUCUUUUUAUGGUUCUGGUUUAUCAUUCUGGCCAUUUUCUCUGGAAUCGCUCUCCUCUACAGCAUGGCUAUUGUUUUACUACCGAGCACUCGCGAAGCCAUAUUGAAAAAGCGUUUCAAAUUUGGAAGCUCGGCCGAAGUCAACGCUCUUAUCAGAAAAACUCAGGUCGGAGACUUUCUGCUACUCCAUUUCCUCGGUCAGAAUAUUCACCUCUCAAUAUUCAGAGAAAUUUUGGAUGAAUUAUCGCGUCGUUUGCACCUAGGAUCUAGCAGCGGAGCUUCACCAACCUCUGUGCCAUCGGCUCCGAGCACUUUAGAAAUGUCUCCUAUAUACCCGGAAAUAGAAAAGUUUGGCAAGGACACGGAAAUCUAAACCAUGUGAUAAAAAUUGUUAAGGUAAAUUGAUGCGAGAAGAGUUGCCUGCUUCUUUUUCUCAUUUUCUUGGGAAGCUGAACGAAUUUUUUUUCAAUCAACUUCGAACUAUACUUAUAUUCACAUUGAUUUCAAAUUCAAACAUAUAUUUUCUUCAGUUCGAGUUUUCUCUUACAAAUCAAUUAUUAUACGUAUCGCCUGCGCAGGCGAUACGUGCUAAUUAAAUAGGGCUGUAUCGAUUAGAUGAGUCUAUAAAUGAUUUCGAUUUAAUUACAUUUCAUACGAUCAUUGAUAACGAUAAACGAAUAUGACUUAUUAUUUUGUUAAGAUAAUUAUCUUUCUUUGAAAACGUUCGAUGAACCGUUAUUUUUGUAGAAACUACUUUCUUACUCGGUUUUUCAAUUGAAACGCCGUAAAGGUGUCUCAAUAACUUUUGCGAUUUCGUCCGCUUUACGUGUUUGGUAGGAAGAAAAUACGACGUUUCGUUAGGAUAUAAAUGCUGUAGUUACUUCAUCUCAUCGUUGCUAAACGAUUUUUUAUAUUUUCAAUAGGUGAUAAGAGCGAGGUGAAUGAAUGAUUAAAUGCUCCCGAAUACAUCAAUAAUUUGUUUAAGAUGAUGAUGAUGUAUGGGCGUGUGUCAAUAAUAAAAAAUAGAUCGCGAUGUGAAAGUGUAGAAAGA